AUGGAUAGAGAAGUCGCCGCCCUUGUUAUUGAUAACGGCUCUUAUAUGUGCAAAGCUGGGUUUGCCGGUUAUGAAACACCCCAUGCGGUUUUACCAUCUAUUGUCGGGCGCCCACGUCAUCAAGGAAUGGUUGGUAUGGGGCAAAAGGAUUUGUACAUAGGGGACGAAGCUCAAUUUAAGCGUGAUAUCUUGAAUUUGAAAUAUCCCAUCGAACGCGGUAUCGUUACAAAUUGGGACGAUAUGGAAAAAAUUUGGCAUCACACAUUCUACAAUGAACUUCGUGUUGCCCCUGAAGAGCAGCAUCCUGUGCUUUUAACUGAAGCACCACUUAACCCUAAGUCAAAUCGCGAAAAAAUGGCUCAGAGUAUGUUCGAGACUUUCAAUGCUCCUGCUUUCUAUGUUGCUAUUCCAGCUGUAUUGUCACUGUAUGCCUCCGGUCGUAUCACCGGUAUUAUUCUUGAUUCCGGUGACGGUGUUACUAACACCGUUCCAAUUAAUGAUGGUUACGCCGUGCCUAACGCUAUUCUACGUCUCAAUUUGGCUGGACGUGAUUUGACCGGUUAUCUCAUGAAAAUUCUUAUGGAACGAGGAUAUUUAUUCUCUAUCGCUGACGCUGAACUUGGAAUUGUACGUGACAUUAAAGAAAAAUUAUGUUAUGUCGCAUUAGACUUUGAACAAGAAAUGCAAACUGCAGCUCAAUCUUCGGCAUUGGAAAAAUCUUAUGAACUUCCCGAUGGACAAGUGAUUACUAUCGGAAAUGAACGGUUUCGUGCGCCAGAAGCUUUAUUCCAACCUUCAUUAUUGGAUCUUUUAAAUGCUGGUAUUCAUGAAACUACCUAUAAUUCUAUCAUGAAGUGUGAUUUUGAUAUCCAUAAAAAUCUUUAUGAAAAUAUUGUGCUCUCUGGUGGUUCUACAAUGUAUGCUGGAGUUGCAGAUAGAAUGCAAAAAGAAAUUACAGCUUUAGCAGCACCAAACACGAAAAUUAAGAUUGCUGCACCACCGGAACGCAAAUACUCUGUCUGGAUUGGUGGCUCCGUCUUGGCCUCGCUCACAACUUUCCAACAAAUGUGGAUUAGCAAACAAGAAUACGACGAAUCUGGACCAUCCAUUGUCCAUCGUAAAUGCUUUUAA